GAAGUGCCUUCAGUCAUUUUUUUGUUUUGUUGAUUUGUCGAUUAAUUUAUAGUAGUUUAAAAAUACUUUUCAUUUUAUAAAGUCCUUAGUACAAUAAAAAUAAUAUAAUAUGUUUAAGUAUGUGUUCGUAAUACUUACAGUUUGCAUAAGUGGUUACUUAGCAAUACGUUGCUAUCAGUGUUCUUCGGAUCAGGAUCCCAAGGGAGUUGACAAUUGCGGUGCAUAUAAACGAUUUAAUCGUACCGAGCACAUACCAAUCGAAUGCAACAACGAGGAAUCCCAUAUGCCAGGUUCGUUUUGCAUGAAAGUAGUCCAGCAAGGACCUCGAGGGUUUAUAUGGGAUGGACGAUGGCGUCAGGUGAUACGCCGUUGUGCUUCCGUAGCAGAAACUGGUGUAACGGGAGUUUGCAAUUGGGGCGUUUAUGAAAAUGGUGUCUACUGGGAAGAGUGCUAUUGUGCCGGUGAUAGCUGCAAUGGUGCUGGCAACUUGACGGUGGGCAAAGCCCUAUUGAGCCUAAUGCUGUUGAGUGGAGUAGUGUAUAGUUAUUUGAAAUCAUAACACACUGUUGAUUCUACUGUUUUUAACGUCCCUAAAUGUGUGAUAAGUGAAACUAAUGCAUCAAACAUUCCAAUCCGUCCAGAGUACAAAAUUUAAAUUUUGUGCUUUUUAAUGUUUAGUGUUAAGUUCGAAUAUUUAAUUUUAAUUUUAUUUUCACUUAAUAUUUAAGUAAAACAUAGACAUAUAUAUCAAGACAUAUAUCAAUAUAAAAAUACGAAAUCUGUACAAUAAACAAUUUAUAUGUUUC